UUAAAUAUGCCUCUUAGUAGUUUUUAUAGUUCAGAGCUACUCUGGACUCUUUGAAAAUACAUUCUUAUGGUUUUUGUAGUUCUAGCAGCCUACUGCCUCAACAUUGUUAUCCUGCAUCCAUAUUUAUUUUACAGGAAGUACAAGAAGUACCCCAAUGUGAUAUCUAGAGAUUCUUUCUGUCCUGUGCUGGGAGAUAUCAAAGAUCACUUAACCUCAAUGAAGGGCAACAAAGCGCACUAUGCCCAUCUAAAAGCAAACGCUCAUGAGUACAACAAGUUUGACCUCAGAGCCAAGCUUGAUGGCAUCAUUCCAAAUAUCAUGAUUCUAAGUAAUAGAGCCUUGGAGCAAUUCCUUAGUUUGCAAGGGACUAAGAUAGACAAAAGUGUAACCAUAAAUGGCGUAUCAGGGUUCAUUCCUACAGCCUUGGGUACCAAGCCUUCCACUCCAGAAGUUAUGAGGAGAAGGAAAAAUGUGCUGUCCUGGGUUGGCCUCAAUUCUGCUUCGAAGUACAUCCCUCAUAUGCUGAGAUGUUUUGAGCGUGUGUGCAAUGGCAUGAAGGCUCAGAAGCAAGCUGAUCUGGUUCACUCAAUGAAUAUUCUUACUUUUGACGUAUUCGCAGAUAUCCUGUUCGGUGAUGACGUAAAAGAACUAGCGUCCAAACUCUACCCGUACGAGAACACUGACGGGUCCACAGAAAUGAUCGAGUUGAGAGAGAUGUUGAUCAGGAUCACCAAAUGCUAUCUCAGCCAUGUGUUCCAUCCUCUCUGCCAUAUGUUCACUUUUCUUAAGGAAAAUGGGCUUGUGAAUCCAUUCAAAAGAGAUGCUAAGAAUGCAGCUGAAUUCAAAAGAGCUAUCCUCCAGUUAGUCAACAACUCCAAAGAACAGAAGACAGCGUACCAGAUCUUCAGUGACCCAAUUUCUACUCAAGAAGAGAAGCUUGAUGAAGUUUGUGGCAUCAUGCUCGCUGGGGCAGAGACUACUUCUCAUUCUCUUGUAUCUUGAUUGUACUAUUUAAACAAGUAUCCAGAAACCUUGAAGAAGCUGAGACAAGAGCUUCAGGAUAAUGGAUUCAGCAAAGGAACAGCAUUCACUGAAGCAUGCACAAUGGAGAAGAUCCAGAGCAUGACUUAUCUAGCUUGUUGUGUGAAAGAAACAUUCAGAUGUGACGUUGUAGUUCCUCAUAGUUUUGCUUACUCUGCCUUAGAAGAUAUCAAAAUCUGUGACGUACCCAUUUCCAAAGGUACCAAAAUUAGAAUUGACUUGACCACUUGUCACUUUGACAAAGACAAAUGGCUGGAUGAGUACACGUUUAUUCCAGAGAGACAUGAUUACGAGUCUGAGUAUUACCUAAAAUCCAAGGAUGCUGGUAAGAAGCCUGACGUCUACUCCAGAAGAACCUUUAGCCAUGGGAUGAGAAGUUGCCCUGGACUUUCAUUCGCUAUGCUAGAAAUGAAGAUAGCCAUUGCUUAUAUUGUGACUCACCUAGACAUCCAGUUUGACGAAGGACAGCUGAACAACGAAGAUAUUGGGUUUGGGCUUGGAAGCCACUUCGUUCCAUUGGUGUCCGUCCAAGAGCAUUAACAGUUACGAAUUAUUCUAUUGAGAUUAAUCCACUU